AUGUCCGACGUUAUGUUUAACGUACAGAACGAGAAAAAGUGCGUUAACUCCAGCCGCUCCAGAUAUUUUUCGGAUCAAAAAACGGUCUGUAUUAGUGGUAAAUUAGAAGUUCAGGAUCCGGAAUCACAUCACGAAAACGGAUACACCGUGGAGCUGCUGAAGGGAAUCGAGAGACGAGAGAUCGAAGACUUGAUUGGUCCUCCCCAUCUAGCUGAACGGACAAAGCUUAUGAUUGGACUCAAUAAUUGGAGACAAGCACAGGGUCUUCCUGCAGUAUCAGCACCGCUGUCAGCUAUCGAAAAUUCGCACAAAACAGAAAGUUGGUUGGCAAAAAUCAAACGUGAAGAUUGUACUGCUAAAUUUCUGAUACAAUCAUCGACGAAAGGAAGGUUGAUUAUAGAAAGCUACCAGAAUAGGCACGUGUUGACAAAAAUUCAAAGAAAAGCAAUAACGCAUAUUGUCGUUGACGAGUUUAAAGACGUUUUCGGAAAACUCACUCGGAACGAAUUGAAUCUUAGAGCAGCAGAGCUCAAACAACUGUUUCCUUCAGAGUCAGAGUAUACCUGGUAUCAGCCAUCUGUGGAAAUUAAAGGGAAUAAAAAAAUCAAAUUGGGCAGGCUGGCACGAGGUUGCCUUCACGACAGGAACUCCAAUUAUAAACCCGAAAACCACAGUGAAAAAAAAAUUCAUCAACAUACCCCGGAACAACCUCACGAAGAAGACCUUCUUUCCGAAGCAGCACUUUCAGAGUACGAGCAAGUAAAAACCUGGAUUCGUCAUCAUGAGGAUGAGUGGACAACCGUGAAGGAAAAAUGGGCUGCUACAAGCGCUUUUCGUCUACUCGAAAUUUCGAAGCAUAAAAAUCGAUCGUGUGAAGAAAUUCUUGAUGCCUUCCCAACGCUACGAAGACCAGAUGGUUACCAGCUCAUACAAAUUGAUUUCAAAUCAAAGUUUCCAAGCAAGCACAAUUUGCUCUACGAACGUUGAAACAACUUUCGAACAGGCAUCAAAUCCAUUUUGAACACCGACAUAACUGAUCCUACAGCAAAAUCCAUUUUGACUCUUCUUGAUGACAGCUCAUUGAGUGAAGGUAAAUCGACAUUUUAAAACCAGUGCAUUUCUGAUUAUAUUUUUUUAUAUGAAUUGUAGAUUCCUGUGACUGGUUAACCACAAGCUUGCUCGCCUAUUUAUUGCCAUGCCCUAUGUUGACAUCUCGGGAGCAUAAGAAAUGGAGGCCAACGUAUAUGGACGUGCGUGAAAGUUUUAUACUAUGGAUUCAAGGAUUGGAGGUUUUGGAAACUGAAAUCAAUAGAUUAAACCAACGUUAUAUGCGUUGUGAUCAAACCCAACAUCCAUUGAUCAUUGUAGUUGGUCCAGACAUGAAACAGAUGUCUGUGUUUUUGGUUUACUACGGAGGAAUAUACUACAGCUUGCCAACGUUCCAAAAAGCGCUUGAUAUAUGUUACAAAACAUUCAAGAUUUAUGAAAUUUCCUUUCCUCGACCAUCAUCUGGUGUAUGGAACCUGAUAAACCACUGCAUCUACGAAUUCGAACCUGAAAGUGUUUGCAACGCUAAAGUUAUUUCCAUUGCCAAUGCAAUUUCCACCAGAGAUUAAAAUGAUUCACUGUACGCAUCAAGGAUGCCUGUGGAACGCACCUUCC